CGUUGAUGAAUUUCCCGGUAGCCAAGUUCUGAUUCGUUGCUUGUGAAGAAUAAGUAGGACAUUACCUACUCAACUUCUUACUAGUCAUGGUUGUGUGCAUUCAUUGAAAGUUGUUUAAAUUUUGGGCGUUUCUAAUCGCAACUUCUCUUUUAAUGUUCCUUGCUUGUUUGUAAACAUAUAGAUGGAAAUACUAAAAAGUAUAAAUACUUGGUUUUGGAAUGAUUAUGUUUGGCUACCUCCAAAUAUCACAUGGGAACACAUCAAAGAUACUAGAACUGUGAACUAUGCGCAAUUUAGUGACCUGUACUAUGCAUUUCAAGUAGCCUUAGCUCUUUUGGUUGUGAGAUAUAUUUUAGAACAAUUUGUAUUUUCACCAAUAGGGUGUUACCUUGGUUUGAAACCAAAAAUUCCUAAGAAAACAGAUAACAAAGUUUUAGAGAAAGCAUUUUGUGAAAAUGGAAAGAUAGGUUAUAAACAGGUUCAAGGCUUAGCAAAACAGUUAGAUUGGAGUGAGAGAAGAGUUGAGAGGUGGAUUCGCAGACGAAUAUCGCGAGGAAAAGUGUCAACACUGAGUAAAUUCACGGAAAGUGCUUGGAGAUUUACCUUCUAUUUGUGUGCUUUUUGUUAUGGCCUUUAUACUUUAUGGGAUAAACCUUGGUUAUGGAUUACCAAUUAUUGUUGGUAUGAUUACCCACAUCAUAGUGUAACUAAUGAUGUUUGGUGGUAUUAUAUGCUGGAAUUAGGAUUUUAUUGGUCUCUUACCAUGUCACAAUUUAUGGAUACUAAAAGGAAGGAUUUUAUGCAAAUGUUUGUUCAUCACAUUGUAACUAUAAUGCUUCUAAGUUUCUCAUGGACAUCAAAUCUUUUUCGCAUUGGCAGCUUAGUUCUUGUGAUACAUGAUUUUGCUGAUGUUCCUCUUGAGGCAGCAAAAAUGGCAAAAUAUGUGGAAAAUCAACGAGUUGCUGAUAUUUGUUUUGCUGUCUUCACUGUUGCUUGGAUUAUUUCUCGUCUUGGUCUCUAUCCAUAUAAGAUAAUUUAUAGCACUAUGUAUGAGGCACUUCUUAUUGUGCCAAUGUUUCCAGCUUAUUAUGUAUUCAAUUCAUUGCUGUGUGCUUUGCAAAUUUUGCACAUUGUGUGGACAUGGAUGAUUGUUAAAAUUGCUUUACGUGCUAUCUCAUCAAAAAAUCCUGGGGUUAAAGAUUUGCGUAGUGACAGUGAACAAGGAAGCAGCAGUGAAUCUGAAGAUACUGCCAAAGGUACUUCUAGUCAAGAAAACAGUACCACCCAAAGGACAUCCUGACUUUGAAGUGUUGCAGUUUUUGUCUAGUUCAUUCCGCUGUUCAUAGUAACAGCCUAAAUUUUAUUCCAAAGAAUUCAUGAGCAUUGCUGUGAAACAUGUUCAUCUACGUUAGCACGUGGUAUGGGAACUGUUAUAAUAUUAAUAAAUUGUGUGAAUAAUUAUUUUGCCGGUGUAAAAAAAUUUUAAAAAAAAGGAAAAAUAUUCCCAUUGCUUUGAAAAACAAUUGUUUUUCUGAUGCGCACUAUAUCUGAUCUCUUUGUUAUUCACCGAAUAUUAGAUUUGCAUCUGUUUGUCAAAUUUAAAAAAUAUUUUUACUGCUUGUAAAAUGAAGUUUAUGUUAAACAUCUCACAUGCCACAAAGAUUUUUUAAUACUCAUAGUUACAUAUAUUUUGACUGAUUUGAGCAUUUUUUAAGUUUGUUUUUGUUUUGUACUUAUUUUGUGCUAUAGUUUUACAUUACUACUUAAAUUCACAAUGCCUUUUUGUUUAAAUGUAGUUCUUCAGAUAAAUAAAUCUUCUGAACCUUAUUCAGGUUUUAUUUUGCAUUCCAUAUCGUAUUUGAAAACUGAAAGAAUGAAUUAGAUAUUUUUAAUCCUCCCCCCUUUUUUUAUGUGAGCAUAAAAAUAUUUAAAUGUUCAUAGAUUUAUUUUCCAAACUUUAUAAGGAAACUCUCUUGUACCCUUUACCCUCUUCAGCAUAAAAAUCAAGGUUGUAUUUGAAACAUUUAACUUUGUCCUAAGUUCCAAAUAUAGUUUCCAUAAUAUGCAUAAUGGAAUAUAUGGAUGAGAUAGCAUAAUUUAUUAUAAUUAAAUUAUAAUAAAUUAUUCUUAGUGCAUUAUCAUGCAGAGAUAUUUGUCAGGAGAUACUGAAACUGAAAGUAACAAAAAGUUGCCUUUUGUGAAGCAUAAUUUUUGCAAACAAAUUAAAUUAACUGCCCUGCAGCUUUGCAUUUUAUAAACUUGUCUGUAUUAGGAAAGAUGCUAUCUUAUUACUACUAUAUUUUUAUUGUUGUCAUUCCUUUUAUGUUUUUAUUGUAUGAACUUCAGGAAAAUUUAUGUUUUAGUUCAGAUUUAUGAUAUUGUGCACUUUUUCCCUUAUUUUACCUCAUUAAUUUCGCUUGUGAACCAACUAAAAUAUUUAGUGUAUGAUUCAUUCCUAACUUGCAUUUUUGCUGACUUCUUUUCAAAUAAUUUUAUCUGUUAAUUAUAGUUUAAUUAUUGUAAAGUUUUUUUUAAUUGUAUAAUUUAUGUUUAGCCAAAGUGUGUCUGGAAUACAGUUAUGCCCUAGUAUUCACUGAUUCAUUACCUGCUGUUAGAAAUGAAUCCCCCUACUGUUAAAAGAGAAUAAAGAUUUGGAAUAUGCAGAUUAUAUUCUUAACAUCAUAAAAUUUAAUUUACAAAUGGAAAUUUGAAGAAAAAGUUUUUUUAAAAAAAUGGAGAAUUUAAAAAUAUUUUAUUUAUCUAUUUUUUCAAUACCCACAUAAACUGACCCAAGAAUGGUUUUUGCUUCUGACCGUCUUGAACAGUAUAUUACACUGCACAAUACAGGUACUGCAUUUCUUUAUUUUUCUCUCAUCUUCUGGGGGUUGUGUUAAAAUAUAUAAAUCUUAAAUGUUUGCUUUCCAUGUGUAAGAAAUUAUUUUUUUAACUUUUAAUAUUUGUCAUAAUUUGCUUUACCUAGCAUUACACCAUAUUACACCUAGAAAGUAUAAUAAGCAGUUAUAGGGUACUACUGUAUAUUCAAUAAAAUUAUAUGUGAAAAAGUUAAAAUCUAAAAUAUCCAGAUCGUUAAAGUAUUAAUAGUGUGGAACUAAAAAUAGAUACCAUGUGCAUCUAUAUUUUGUGCUUUUAAAGGCAUUGUUCUUUUAAUUUUCAAGUUGUAAAAAAUGGUGUGUAAUUGUGAUAUGACAUAUCAGGAUUCUGCUAGUUUUGAUCUCCUAAUGGGACUGUUCCCAUCUUUUCUGCAGUGGUUUUUAUUUUUUUAAUAAUUUAUGAGAAAAUGAACAAGGAAAUUUUUAAAAUCAUUAUGUGCAAAAAGUUUUCACAAAAGUAAUGUGUAAAUGGUUAUGUGCAAAUAAUUUGUGAACAUUGGUAGUUAUGCUACUAAACUGAACAAAAAUUAAUGCAGAUAUUUAGAAGUAAAAUAAGUAAACAACAAAUAAUUAUAAAGUAAAAUUUUAUAAUGUGUGGUGAAGAAAUUAGAAUAAUGUGUAAAUGUUCAGCAAAAAGGGGAGAAGUACUGAAAAAAAGAUAAGUAACUUUCAGUGGAAAAAUUAAACAUAAUCUUUAUUUAUUUAAUAUAGAUUCUGAGUAGAAUUAAAUGGAAUGUAGGCAAGUUCUUUGUUCUGGAAGCUUACUGAGAAUAAAUAAUUGUAAUAGCAUAAUUGUCUGAAACUGAUUGAGAAAAUAGAAGUAAUAUAUGAGAAAUAAGUGAGAAUCAGCCAGACAAAGCUGUGUUACUUACAUACUCUGAAGAUUAUUUUGAUAUUUGUAGUGAUAUGCAUUAAAUAAGUAGAUGUACAAGGUAUCCUUUUUUUAAAAAAAAUUAUUUUGUACAAUUUAUGAAAAAGUUAUAUUUUUUGUUAUUCUUGUCAUAUAGUUAUGUUUAUUUCAAAAAUGGUUUUCUUUUCUUUUUCCUUGCCUCUCUCUCUCAGAUUUAACCCAAAAAAAAAAAAAACUAUGUAAUAAAAAUGUGUAAUGUAAACUGCGGAUAAAUAUCAAAGAUAUUCUCAUAUAAGAAAUAAUAUCUUUUUAAAUAAUGACACAUUUAAGGCACUUCAGUAAAUGUCAUAAACAUGUUUUUGAAAGUGGCUUCAUUUUGUUUCAGUGUAAUUGCUUGAUAACAUAUUACAAAAUAUGUUAUAAAAAUUUAAAAAAUUUUCUGGUUUUUAAUUUUCUGUUAUCUUAAAUUAUCUUUAAUUUCCAGUAACUCCCCCCAUAUUAAAAAAAAAAAAAAAAAACUGUUUAAAUUAUCUAUAUAGUUUGCUUUGUUGAAUUUUAGGAGGAGGAAAAUGGUUUAUAAAGUGUACACUGAGUGUAUUUUAAUGCUAUUUUUUUAACAAAUAUGGCAUUAUUAUUGUUCAAGAUGAGUAUGUGCAUAAAUACUUCCUUUUAUACUUUUGCUGUUAGCUUUCUUGAAAAGUAAUUUGAUGCAUAUAUUUAAUAUAGCAGAUUAUAAGACUUUUAUCAAAAUUUGAGAAAGUAUCUUUAAAAUGCUGUUCCUAGCUAUUUAAUGUCUGCCAUAUUGCCUCAUUUUAUAAUGCAUUUUUCAUCAAAGAACCAGUUUUUAAAGUGUGGAUAUUUAAAAGGAAAUCAUAGCAGAGCUAUUAUGUUGAGAUAAUUAAUAAAUGGACUAAAGCAAA